AUGCCUCUAUGUGCUUCUCUAUUUCAGGAAAAAAUACCUGAUGUCAAAGACCAACUCACUAAAUUAUGUGAGAAAGUUAAGGAGGUAAAAGAUUCUGAGUCUCUAGCAGAACAAAUAGAUACUGACCUAAAACAGCUAUGUGCAGACCUUUCCAGUUCGUGGAAACAAUUUCUCAAGUUUUGCGUAAAAAAUAGACUUGAAGCCUUUGUUGAAGGAGAACAUCAAAAAAUAAAGGAGCGCAUUUUUGGUGAAUCCUUCUUUUCUACAGAGCAUCCCCAGAAGGCAGCUCUAACAUAUCCAGAAAAUUUUGCCCAAAAUCGUCUGAAGAUUUGUCAAGAACUACAAAAAUCGAACAUCAUGUCUAAUCCUAAACAUGCUCUCGAGUGCCCUGACAUGGACCGCAUUAUGAGUUCUUCACCUGUGAUCUUUGAAGAUCGAUAUGUCGAUCCUGUCACAGAAGGUAAUAUAUGGUAGAACAGUCACAGUCUCAUGGUGAUACUAAUGUUUAACACUGAAAUCCCAAGUGGAUAUAUAAAUGCAAACCUAUGAUUGUCAAUCAGUCAAUG